GUCAACCAUUUGGGGCAAGCAUUAUAUCACGUUUUCCAUUCUCUUCCUUGCUUCCUUCGUCUCUUCAAACUCCUAACCCUAACCCUAACCUAUUAAGCAUCACUAAAAUCUCCGGACGGUUCUUUUCGUCUCAACAUUGUCAUUGUUUUAAGAUGGCAGCCAAACCACUAACAAAGGAGGCAAUUGCUCUCACUGAGAAGAAAAUGGAUAUGACAUUAGAUGAUAUCAUCAAAAUGUCCAAAAAUAAUUCUUUUAAAGCUAAGAAGCCAGGAGUUCCAAAUAGAAACCAAAAGUUUUCUAAUAAUGCUUCUCAUGAUAAAUCUGCCAAGUUCCAGAGGUUUAUGGAAACAAGAUCCUCUCUUAGACAGGGAGCUCUUGCUCAAAGGAGAUCAAGUUUUCAAGGCAACCACUUUCCUUUGGUAGCUCAGGCCGCUAGAAAAGUUGCAGCUGCUCCUAUUCACAAUAGAGGCUUCAGCCGAGGCAGGGUAGUGAAUAUGAAUGGACAGAGGGUUGCUGCUCCACAGACUCAGAGAAAUAUCACAAAUAAAGGCGGCUUCAGUGCUAUUAAGCAACAGCAGCUGCAGCAGAAAGUCAGGCCGGUUACAAAGCCGAAGCCACAGACAUUGGAUUCGCUGUUUGCAAAUAUGAAGGAACAAAGGAUGAAGAACUUUUCUCAACAACACACUAAUGCUCCAAGAAGAAAUGGAGGUAGCCAUAGCCAGACCAUUGUGCCAUGGGCAAGAGGUCUUCUUGGCAAAUGAGAUAUCAAACCUUGUUUUAUCCACAACGGGUUGGAUCACGAGUUUCACAGAAGGGAAAAAGAGUAGUGCUUGUUGCUUCGUAGUAGCAGUAGUAGUUUAAUACGCAUUGUUACCGCAGUGCAACAUUAUUCCUUUUAGCUUGAAACUUCUACUGUGAACUCCUGUUUGAUUCUUUGGUUGAAAUGAAGUGACCAUGUAUUAUUGUAUAGUCA